CGCGAUGGUGCAUGCGCAGUAGGCUAGUGUGAGGUUGCGUGCGCAGGCGGCUUGGUGCAGAGACGGUGGUUGUAAGAUGGACGAGUUUCAGACCGCGGAAGAGUCUUCCUUUGUUGUGGAUGAAGUAACCAACAUUAUAAAAGAGUCUAUAGAAAGUGCAAUAGGAGGAAAUGCCUACCAACAUAACAAGGUCAACCAAUGGACCACCAAUGUGGUGGAGCAAACACUGAGCCAACUUACAAAACUGGGCAAGCCAUUCAAGUACAUCGUGACUUGUGUCAUUAUGCAGAAAAAUGGUGCAGGACUUCACACUGCAAGCUCCUGUUUCUGGGACAACUCAACAGAUGGAAGCUGUACAGUGAGAUGGGAGAACAAAACUAUGUACUGUAUAGUCAGUGCCUUUGGACUUGCAAUAUAGCUUUCAAUUUUGAGCAUUACUUUGUUUUGACAUUCUUCCCUUCUCAGUCUUGUCACAUACUUUGCGUUUGAACAGAUUUAAAAAAAAAAAAAAAAAAAAAAGUCAUCCGGUUUCUAACACCUACUGAUGGAAUUGUAUGAAUUCGUAUAUUUUCAACUUACUUGUAUUCACUAGGUGCUGUAACUUAAAAGUGCCACAAUCAAACUUUAAAUUAAACAUUUAAUACUCACAUUUAACAUUUUAGCUAGUACUAAAUAAAUUAUUACUGGAAACAA